AUGGCUCCCGCCGACCAACACUCCAAGCGAUACAGAGCGAAGAAAGAUGAUACAGAGCGAAGAAAGGCGAUUUCGUAUGAGUGGGAAACGCGCGACAGAGAUCUCGAGUACGACUUCUACCCAGGAAGAUUGUCCGUGCUUCCAGUUUCUGCUGAGCAAAAGUCUGUUCAAGUUGUUGACAAGUUUGACUGUGCGUUCAGCUGUACUGAAAACCACUGGUGUAGAUCUGUGAACUUUAGAAAAUCACCUCUUCGAAGUGGUCUGCAUGCUUGCGAAUUACUGUCUUUGGAUUUCUACACAAAUCGCAAAAAUAUCACUUUAGAUAGUCGUUACAAUCACUACAGCGUCAAGAAUCCAUGCCAACUUGUACCUUGUCAAAAUGGAGGCGGUUGUAUAUAUGACAGUGAAACAAACAAAGGUUUCUGUACCUGCAAGAAGGCUUACACUGGAGAGAACUGCGAAGUCGGACCAAUAGGAGGCCUCGAGAAUUCCGCAAUCCUUGUGAAUACAGACAACAAUAAUUAUACAGCGGCUCUUGCUGGAUUCCUCGGUCCGGCAUUGAAACCAUUCGGGUCUGGAACAUGGAUAAGAUGUUUUCGUGCUGUACCAGGGCACUGGGAUACCCGGAUGUACUUUCAUCCUCAGUGCGAUGGCAAGAAACCAACUGUGACCAUAAUCCGCGUUCGUUCGUCCAUUUUUGGUGGAUUCACUGACAAGGCAUGGCAUUCAGGCACAGCGUAUUCAGAAUCAACCAAAUCGUUUCUCUUCUCUCUACACAACACCAUCAAUGGCUUCCAACCACUGCAAUUCAACCUGACUGGAAUCAAAAACYAUCAAGCAAUUUAUGGUAAAUUAKGUCAUGGUCCUACUUUUGGACCAGGUGAUGACAUACACAUCGCUAAUCUUGCUUCGAGUGGUGUGGACUCAUAUACAAAGCCUUAUGCCUAUCAAGUGCCCCCUGGUUGUACUGUUAAUGCAGCGUGCACCUUCUUUGCUGGUACUUACAAUUUUAGACCAACAGAUUACGAAGUCUUUUAUUACAAACAAGAAAACAUAAGAGGACUUGAAACAUCAACAAUUCUCAAUGGAAGACAGAACUACAUCAACACCCUAAACAGUUACUUAGCAAUUGCAGUGCCGAGCUCAAAGACAAAAGAUUGGAUAAGAUGCUGGCAUGCUGCAGAGGAUGGAUGGGAUACUCGGUACUCCUUCCAUCCACAGUGUGAUGGCAAAAGAACCACUGUGACAAUUAUACGCGUAGGACAGCACGUGUUUGGUGGAUUUGCUGAUAAAUCUUGGCAAUCCAAUCGUGAUGUAUUGAGAGAAUCAAGCAAAUCCUUCCUGUUUUCCUUGUACAAUAAUAAUGGCUACCAACCAAUACGAUUAAACCUAACUGGCCUGAAUAACGAGGAAGCUUUGCGUCAAGCGCCCACCUGGGGACCAUCAUUUGGAAGCGGACAUGACAUACACAUCUCAAAUGUUGCACCAACAAAUCUAUUAUCUUACACAAAACCCAAGACUUAUGAAUCACCUCCCGGUUGCAGCAUUGGAUCGGAAUGUACUUUCCUGGCAGGCUCCUACACCUUCAAACCAUCUGAUAUUGAAGUGUUCUACCACGAUGGAGAUAUUCGGGGUCUAGAAAACUCCUCCAUCUUAACGAAUUAUGGGAACACAAGCUACGUAACCACUCUAACCAGCUACCUWAACACUGUACAGGAAUUCCAGGCGCAGAAUUGGAGRCGAUGCUGGAGSGCCGCUGAAGAYGGCUGGGACACACGAAUGACAUUUCAUCCCCAAUGUGAUGGGAAAAAACCAACGGUGWCGAUUGUCCGCGUYGCUUCGUAUGUGUUUGGUGGAUUUACAGACCAACCUUGGCAUUCUGCGGGUGCUUACACCAAGUCAAGCAAGUCUUUUCUAUUUUCCCUGUACAACAUCAAUGGCUUCAAACCUGUCCAGUUAAACCUGACUGAACAGGGAAAUACGCAUGCUAUAUACAGCUCUAAUAGUUAUGGACCAAUGUUUGGAAAUGGAUAUGAUCUUCGUAUUUAUAAUCUAGCUUCAAGUAAUACACAUUCGUACACAAAGCCUAAGGCAUAUGAUGUCCCUAGCGGUUGUUCGUACAACGUUGGAGACUGUAAAUUCUUCGCUGGGUYUUAUUACUUUAAACCAAACGACGUGGAAGUGUUUUAUUAUGAUGGCGGAAAAGCGACCGGACUCGGCCAAUCAGCGAUUCUCCAAGGAUAUGGCCGUAUUAAGUACUUUAUAAGUGAUUUAUUACAAUUCGUGGAACCAGUGGUCGAAUUGUCGGGUUCGAACAAGUGGCUACGAUGCUGGCAUGCUCGCACAGAUGGCUGGGAUACAAGGCUGACCUUCCAUCCUCAGUGCGAUGGUUURAAAAACACAAUCACAAUAAUCCGCGUUGGUUUGUACGUCUUUGGUGGUUUUGCAGACAAAGCCUGGAAUUCUGCUGAUAUCCACUAUGYGUCAAAUAAAGCCUUCCUCUUCUCCUUGUACAACACAAAUGGAMAUAAGCCAGUUCAAUUCAAGCUUACCGGGUCACGAAACCAGAACGCUCUUCUCGGAAAAGCGGACAUUGGACCUACAUUUGGGGAUGGCCACGAUCUGUACAUCAAAAAUCUUGCAUCGAGCAAUGAAAAUUCAUACACGACGCCUCGUGCAUACAAGGUUCCUAAAGGAUGCAGUGUAUCGUCUGGUUGCGCAUUUUUCGCUGGGAGCCACGUGUUUACCCCUGAUGACAUCGAAGUGUUUUACUAUACCAGUCAAACCAAGGGACUAGAGAACUCUUCGAUUUUGUCUGGAAACUUUGAAUACAUCAAUAAACUGAACAGCUACUUAGGCACUGCAGUGACGAACUCCAAGACGAGUGAUUGGAUAAGAUGCUGGCACGCGGCAGAGGAUGGCUGGGAUACGCGAAUGACAUUCCACCCUCAGUGUGACGGAAAGAAAGCCAGUGUGACGAUCAUCCGUGUUGGAUCAUACGUGUUUGGUGGAUUUACAGACAAGUCAUGGCAUUCUGCUUCAUUGUAUACCGAGACAUCAAAAUCCUUUUUGUUUACGCUAUACAACACCAAUGGUUACCAACCAAAAACGUUAAACCUGACUGGCCAGCAAAACCAGAAUGCUAUGUAUGGCAAGGCCACUAAUGGACCAACAUUUGGAUUAGGGUAUCAUGAUAUCUACAUAUCAAAUCUUGCAGYAAGUAACACAGGAUCGUACACGAGACCCAACUCAUAUCAAGCCCCUGAUGGCUGCAGCUCUGGAAGCUCAUGUUCGUUCUGGGCUGGUACUUACCAUUUCAAGCCAACGGACAUAGAAGUGUUUUACCACGAUGCCGAAACAAGAGGACUUGAAAAUUCGAAUAUUCUCAAUGGAAGAGAGAACUACAUCAACACCCUGAACAGCUACUUAGCUACUGCAAUACCGGGCGCUAACACGAGUAAGUGGACACGAUGCUGGCACGCUGCAGAGGAUGGCUGGGAUACGCGAUUAACAUUCCACCCUCAGUGUGAUGGAAAGAAAGCCAGUGUGACGAUCAUUCGUGUUGGUUCGUACGUGUUUGGUGGAUUUACAGACAAGUCAUGGCAUUCUGGUUAUAGAUAUGUCCUUUCAAGCAAAUCUUUUCUUUUCUCUUUGUACAACACCAACGGUCACCAACCAAUUAUGUUCAACCUGACUGGCCAGUACAACCAUAAAGCCAUAUUUGGUGAUGAUUCUUAUGGACCAACAUUUGGUAAUUAUGAUAUUUACAUUGCCAAACUUGCAGGUAGUUCAACAAACUCAUACACAAAGCCCAGUGCCUAUCAACCCCCAGACGGGUGCAGUUAUCACAGUCAAUGUACGUUUAUGGCCGGGACAUAUCAAUUCAAACCAGAUGACAUUGAAGUAUUCUAUUAUGCUUCUUAACAAAGUUAUUAUAAAUUUGAGUAUGCGAUCAACCCGAACGGGUUCAGAACUAAAUAAUCUCCUAGCACAAUAUAGGUUAAAACGCAACACUCUUGAAAAAAUCGCAUUCUUUGAAGUGUGUAGAUUUUAUGGAAAUAUGACGAUUUUGAACACUUACAGAAUAUU